GGAUCGGACAGCAGCUCGGACCUCUUUACCACUGUUAAAAGAGAAUUGCCACCAAGUCUAAGAAACAGUGGUAACAUCCUCUCUGAUAAGAUUAGAGGUGAGAGUCUCACCUCUCCUCUGCCCAGCUAUCCUCCUUUCCAGAAUGGACCUAUAAAAGAUGAGCCAGUGACUUCACGUUCUCCAGAAGUGGUUUUAAGCUCUACUACAGGACUACCCCCUAAUACUGUAUGUGCGAGCACCCAAGGACUGUCUUGCCCCACUCUUCAGGUAACAAUAAGUGGUUCAAGGGAUUCUUUAACCACGUGUGUUAGUUCAGCAAUCUCUGCAGUGUCGGCUACCUCAGCAAAUAGUUUUUCAGGACUCAGAGAAAAUUGUCCUCCUCGCCUCUCGCCCGUCAACUCCGGAAGCCUUUUAAAUGUUAACAGUAUCUCUCAGAUUGGAUCUUCAAUUGCCAACAGUCAUUCUGGUGGAAGUAAGAAGAAUAGUGUUCGGCUUCCUCCGCCAAAUCAUACAGCCAAGUCACUGCCAUUACUUGCUGCACACCUAAGUCAGACCUCUCCACACAGUAAGAAUAUUUGUGCCACCAUAAAUGGUGUGAAAACAAGUUCAAUUUCUAAUAGUGACCUAAAGGGUGGACCAGCACUCCCUAAAACUUCUGUACCUGCUUCAUCACUGUUUCCUUUCUCUUUUCCAUCAUCACACAUCUCGCACGAACUGUCACCGUCCAUCUCAACCCAACAAACGACAAAUACCCCUCAUUCCGUAUCCUCGACUUCACCGUCUUAUUCCUCUCUUCUGUCUCAUAGUCCUUCCAAUUUGGGCAUUUCUCGAUCCACCUCUUCAGUUUGUCAUAGCAGUCUCUCUAAUCACCACUUAGGUGGACGAGGUUUAAGCCCAAGUCUUACACCGAGCAAUCCUCAUCCAAAGACACCUACCCUAACAGUCAGUAGGGAUAGCCACAGCAAUAGCAGUUUGUCCAGUCUUAGCCAGUUGAGCCACUCUCAGCAUAGUAACAACAGCAAGGAGAGUGCUAGAGAAGGUAACAGCUGCAACAGCUCAAGAGGUAACACUCCAGCUCUGAGUGGAUCCUCAGCUCUGGGAGGACACGGUCCCAGCAGCUCGAACAACACUCCCUGUUGCACCUACGCCACUGCUACUUAUGGAAGCAGUGGACUGACUAGUCUUGUAUUUACCAAGUCUCACUCUUGGGGGAGCUCAAACACCAAUCCAGUUCUUGGUAGUACUAAUGGGCCUGCCUUGACUGGAACAAGUGCAAGUUCUAAUUCCAUCCCAUUGCCUCCAUCACUCCAUAAUAGCCACCAUUCAUCUCCAUUUGGUAGCCUUCCAGGCCAUCCAACACUACAUCCAGCAAUGUUUGGUCCAGCUCUGCAUCCAGCAGUUUCUCUACCGACAUCAAGUUCUUUGGGAGCCUCAGCUGGACCUUCUCCGUUUGUUACAGGAGAAGCUAUGUUUCCACAACCAAAUCCAGACUUCCUACGUCGAGAGCUGGACACAAGAUUUUUGGUAUCGCAUGAACGAACCCUUGGGAUUCAUCCACCACCACUUCACCAGCACCAGCAUCAACACAACCAUCUGCACCAUCAACAUAGCCCUUUCUUACCUCCACCUCAUCUGGGUAGUUCUAUGGUGCCUCCUCAGCCACCUACUGCCCAUUUGUACGACAAGUAUCCCAAACUGGAAGGCCCUUUGUACAGCAGGAACACGUUCGGACUACCAGGCUAUGCUGGCAUGUCUCCAAUCCUUAGUGGUGGUGCCACUCUCUUUGCUCCUCCUGCUCAUAUACCUGGCUUUCAGCCCAAGAUGAAUCCCCUUGUUAAGACCAAGAACAUGAAAUCUGGACGAUGGUGUGCAAUGCAUAUACGGAUCGCCUGGGAAAUCUACCACCAUCAACAAAAACAACAGCAACAGUCUGAGGUCCACAAACCAGGGGCAACAGCGUCUGCAUCAAAUAAAACUCCCACUGACCCCCUGCGGCCCCCUGUACACUUGCUACCACACUCAGUGCCUAGGCCCCAUGACUUUCACAUGUCAUUACUGCUGAAUGCAGCAG